UGAAAUAAUCGUUAGAAAGUGAAUCUAAUCAAAACAGUUGUAUCUAACAUUCAAUUCAACUCUUUAAGUUCGAGAUCAAAUCGAGAGAAAAAAAUACAUUAUUUGGAUGAAGACUUGUGCUACUUUGGUAUCCUGUCGAGUUAAGUAGAGUAAACGACGAUCCUGUUCCUCGUCUUUGGUUGGACUCAAGAGGGACAUAAAACAGACAUAUGAGUGUAAAAGAUUUCCGCUUCAGUGGAAUGGGUUGUUCUGGGUCUACAGGACCACAGCCUGGACUCACAGAAAGUCACAAGACUACAGUUAAAAAAUCAUGGGCCAGUUUUGUCAAGAAGGGAGAUUUGACAGACCUAGGAAUGCCAAUGUUUAUAAAAUUGUUUGAAGAAGCCCCAGAGGUUAAGCCAUUGUUUAAAUUUGCAGACACAAGUAACGGUAACGAAAAUAUCAAGUUACGAAAUCACGUCAAAGGUGUGUUCGAAGUUGUUGGUGUAGCAGUUGAUACGAUCGAUGAUUUGACAAAACUUAAUUCGAUAGUUGUUGAUCUUGGCAGUCGACAUUUCCACUACGGAACGAGGAGAGAACAUUUACCGGUUGUUGGCAAGUGUUUGAUUCACGCCCUAUCCGAAGGCCUUGGUGAUGAAUUUACAGAAGAUACAAAAAAUGCAUGGCUUUCCUUUUACAACUGGUUGGGAGGUUGUUUCGCAAAGGGAGUUUCCACAGAAUCUCGGAAGAAAUAGUUAACCUCAUCUAUUCAUUUGUCAUGUCAUAUAACUAUCAUUAAGCAAUGCUGACAAAGUAUAAUUCAAUUUUAUAAAUUGCAUUACUGUGUUGAAAUAUAACUGCUACUUAGAAAGACAUUGGUUAUAAAAUCAAAAUAAAUAAUCAUCAUCAUUAUA